GCAGAAGGGGGAGAGCCAACCAGCUGACUGAUCGGGAUCGAGCAGCAUAGUUGUUUUGCAAGACGCGGAGUGGCCGAGUGUGUGCGUAUUUGUUUUGAGGAAAACAAUUGGCCGCUCAAGUUUUACUCGGCCGAUGAAAGUUUGCGAAAAGUGCUCGUGUUCGCACCCCGUCGAGUAUAGAAGAAUGCCGUUGAAAUGGAGGUCGCAGAGGUCCUGAACACAAUAUCCGGGGGGCUGUCGUCUGUCUAUUGGUCAUGGUUCAGUUCUGUGGCGUUCAGUGUAAGCGAGUACCAGGUCACAGUUCUAGCAGUUGGAGUAGCCUUAUGUGCUAUCAUUGUUUGUAUAGCAGUAUGGAAAUGGAAAACAAAAGAACGUGUUUUAGCAGAGGUGAAGGAAUUGGUAGGUGUGGGCUCAACCAGACCUCGAUUUCGGAAAAGAGACAAAGUACUUUUUUAUGGACGGAAAAUGCUCCGCAAGGUCAAAAAUAUAUCAGGACAGGUUCAUGGCGGUCAAGGCAAAAAGAGAAGACUAGUAAUGAAAUUUGCUAGACGACUUCUGCAGCUGAAGAAAGAUACCACCCCUAUGCAGUUGAAAGUUCUUGAACCACCCAAUGAAUAUCUGGAGGAAGAUGCAUCUAGAGCAGAUGACAAACGUGUUCCUCCCGACGCAUUAUAUAUGUUACAAAGUAUAAGAGUCUUUGGACACUUUGAAAAACCAGUAUUUUUGAAACUCUGUAAACAUACAGAAAUUAUUAACCUACCAGCAGGAUCAUACUUAUUUAAAAUUGGUGAUCCAGAUGAAAAUGUUUAUAUUGUUCAAAAUGGCAAAGUCAAUGUAUUUAUCACAGGACAAGAUGGAUCAGUUCUCACUUUAAAAUGUGUGAAAACAGGAGAAUCAGUGACAUCACUUCUCAGUUUUACUGAUGUCUUGACAGGUCAUCCAAACCCAUACAAAACAGUGUCUGCCAAAGCGGUUGAAGAUUCCACUGUGGUUAGACUUCCUAUGGCUGCAUUCCAAGAUGUAUUUCAUGACUACCCUGAUAUAUUUAUUAGAGUUAUGCAAGUUAUCAUGGUUCGCCUUCAGCGGGUUACGUUUACUGCCUUACAUCAAUACCUAGGACUGAGCGCUGAGCUUGUUAACCCAGGAACUGGCAACCGCAGAAAAAUGAGUCCUUUCAUGGGCUCUCCAAUCAAAAUCAAAAAUAGAGAACCGUCAAAGGACGGAGAUACAGGUCAGGAACAUCAAGAUGCUGACCAGCCAGAUACAGCUCCCCUGCCCUAUGGUCGUCCUCACUCCCAACCUAUCAACAUUGUACCUUCUCAUAGAAGAACACGCUCAGGCCAUGAGUCCAGUGUCCCUUCAGAUGUGCCGGAGGGUGAUUCUUUGCCUUCCUCUUACCCUUCAACUGGAACUAGUCAAGGAGCAUCAGAGGCUCACUCAGGACAUGGCUCUCGUCGACGUGCAGCACCUUCGCUCACACCAAAACAACAUGCUGAACAAGUUCAGUUGGCUACUGAAGCAUUUGUUAGAGAAUUAGGUCUGGAAGACGAUAGCCUCUUGAAAGACGGAAAAGUAGAACUUCGGGAAGUCCCUGCUGGAACGUACUUAAUGAAGGAAGAAUCUCACAAAGAUGUUGCCUUAGUAUACCUCUUGUCAGGGACUUUAAUUGUAUCGCAAAAACUAGCUGACAUGCAAGAAGAAGUUCACAUGUUUACUGCCCAUCCUGGUGAAAUGGUUGGUGGUCUUGCUGUACUAACUGGGGAACCAAGUUUCUUCACAAUUCGAGCUAAACACUUCUCUUGCAUUGCAUUGUUAUCAAAGACAACUUUUUAUGGCUUGAUGCGUGAGCGACCAAGGGUUGUCUUGCACAUUGCUAACACGGUUGUAAAGAGACUGUCACCUUUUGUGAGGCAGGUAGAUUUCGCUCUUGAUUGGGUUUUUAUGGAAAGUGGAAGAGCUGUAUACAGACAAGGUGAUGAAUCAGACAGCACUUUUAUUGUCCUGAGUGGCCGACUUCGAUCUGUUAUUACUCACGCCAAUGGCAAGAAGGAAUUAGUAGCUGAGUAUGGUAAAGGGGAUCUUGUUGGUAUUGUUGAAAUGGUGACCCAGACACCUCGCAGUACCACAGUCAUGGCUGUAAGAGACUCUGAACUAGCCAAAUUACCUGAGGGAUUAUUUAAUGUAAUAAAACUACGAUUUCCUAUUGUGGUUACAAGACUAAUUAAUCUUCUUGGUCACCGUAUUCUGGGUUCUUGGCAAAAACCGAGUAUCGGGCGUGCAGUUGAUACUCGACCAGCUCAAGUCAACUUUUCAACUGUGGCAAUAGUUGCAGUGUCAGAUGAUGUUCCAUUGAGUGCAUUCACAUAUGAACUUUAUCAUUCCCUUAAUGCCAUUGGACCAACAUUACGACUGACAUCUGAAUUAGUCCGGAAAACUCUUGGAGCUACAAUAAUGGAUCCUAAUAAUGAAUAUAGAUUAACUUCAUGGUUAGCACAGCAAGAGGAUCAACAUCGCAUUUCCCUCUAUCAGUGUGAUGUAACAUUCAGUGCUUGGACACAAAGGUGUGUGCGCCAAGCUGAUUGUGUCCUAAUUGUUGGUUUAGGAGAUAAAACUCCAACCAUUGGUAAAAUAGAAAAAGAAGUAGAUAAGCUAGCAAUUCGUACUCAGAAAGAACUUGUACUUCUACACAAGGAAGGCGGCCAACCACCUAACAACACUGUUACUUGGCUCAAUAUGCGCUCAUGGGUGUCAGGUCAUCAUCAUAUGCAAUGUCCUAAACGGAUGUUUGCUAAACGGUCUCAGUUCCGAAUUAAUGAACUCUAUAGUAAAGUUCUAACCUCAGAACCCAACAUACAUUCAGAUUUUUCCCGCUUGGCACGAUCUCUCACAGGCACAUCAGUGGGGCUUGUUUUAGGUGGAGGUGGUGCCCGUGGUGCAGCUCAUGUUGGAAUGAUCAAAUCAAUUCAGGAAGCUGGUAUUCCCAUUGAUAUGGUGGGAGGAGUUAGCAUUGGUGCACUGAUGGGUGCGCUGUGGUGUAAGGAAAAAAAUCUAACCACUAUGACUCAGAAAGCUCGUGAGUUUUCAAGGCUAAUGACUCAGUGGUGGCGGCAACUUUUAGAUCUCACUUACCCCAUGACUUCAAUCUUCUCUGGCAAAGAUUUUAAUCAGACGAUCCAGAAAACUCUAGGAGACACUUACAUUGAAGAUCUUUGGUUGCCAUAUUUUACUGUCACCACAGAUAUUACUUCAAGUGUGAUGCGAGUUCAUACUCAUGGAUCAUUAUGGCGCUACUGUCGCAGUUCGAUGUCUCUGUCAGGAUACAUGCCUCCUAUGUGUGAUCCUGUGGAUGGCCACCUACUCUUGGAUGGAGGAUAUGUCAACAACUUGCCAGGGGAGUCGUGGCGGUAUGUACGUUCAAGCAUGUCUAUUGUUGGGAUUCUACCCCCUCUUUGUGAUCCCAUCGAUGGCCAUCUACUCUCUGAUGGCUGCUACGUCAACAAUUUGCCAGCUGAUGUCAUGAGAAGUAUGGGAGCCAGACAUAUUUUGGCUAUUGAUGUUGGUUCUCAAGAUGAAAUGGAUCUUACAAAUUACGGUGAUUCUUUGUCGGGAUGGUGGCUACUGUGGAAACGUUGGAAUCCUUUCACAAGUCAAGUUAAAGUUCCUAGCAUGCCCGAUAUUCAAUCGAGACUUGCAUAUGUAUCUUGUGUCCGUCAACUUGAGGAGGUGAAGAAUAGUGAUUACUGUGAGUACAUCAGACCUCCCAUAGACAAAUAUAAAACCUUACAGUUUGGAAGCUUUGAUGAAAUUAAGGAUGUAGGGUACACCCAUGGGAAAACAUAUUUUGCUGGACUGUUGAAAGCAGGCCAGUUGCCACUAUCAAAGCCCUGGCAUGUUGUUACGUCACCAAGCUCAGACAAGGGUUUCCAAUUAUCCCAGCAAGCAUCAUCAGCAUCUGGUUAUACCUUUACUGAUCUCGCACAGCUAGUAUGCAAGGUUCCACGAAACCAAUUUCUUGAUAGUGAUUCUUCUGAGAGUGAAUAUGAGGCUGAUGAGGAAGAUGCCCACGAGGCAGGAUAUGCAUCUGAGCCUUCUGCUGGUAUUCUUGAUGAUGGUGAUUCUGAUUCUGCUCACACCCGACGUAUCGGUGGGUCAUUAUCCCUAUCAGAAACAGAAAUGGAUCUUGACUCAAUUUUUAUGCCCAAAAGAGCCAAGGCUGUAAAACGAUUACAGUAAAAGUUAUAAAAAUAUUUUGAACUUUUUGAACUUUUAUAAUCUUUAUAUAGGUAUUUUAGCUCAUCUUAACAUUUCUGUUUUUUGAGUCUCCCUUUGUGCACCCCAUGUUAUUUUCAUUUCACAUACAUUUUUUUUUUUCUAUGACUCAUUUGUUGUUUGUGAAAUGUUUGUAGAUUUAUCUUGCUCUGUCAGUUAUUUUUGUGCCAUUUUGCCUGCUGAAGCAUGUGAUGUGUGAUCAGAUCAAUUACUUGUAAUUGGGUGUGUGAUAUGUCGAACGAAACUUGUCAUAAAUUUUUAACAUUAUGUUCAGAUGAGAAUAGCAAUUUUUAUUAACUCUGUUAGUUAAAAUCUUGUUUAUGAAGAAAGGUACAUAAAGUAAAAGCUUAGCAGAUGGGAAGAGUUUUUCUUGUCUUCCUUAUCUGUUAAAAUUGUAUCAUAUGGUUUCAUUGUAUACUUUUGGUCCAUUUCUACUAUGAUUCAAUUUUUAGCUUUUGCAAAUGUGGCUGUGAUAGAUUAUGGUUUUUCUGUUAGCCUUUGUUACUUUUAGUUAGUCUUCCUUGAUUGUCUUUGGUAUUGAGACAAGAAAAUAUAAAUGAUGGGAUUAGACUUAAAUUGUUCCAUUUCAGUUAUCACACAAAUUUAGCUAUCUUUACAUCAGCAAUUUUGUGUGAAAAGACUAUAUUUUCUUGUUUGCAUAUGUCAGUGCUUUUGAAUGUCAAAUGACAUUGAAUUGUGCUCACAUUCUUGAACUGCCUUGUUUUAGCAUUAUCAUAUUGAUUUAUGAGGUGCCUUUUACUUUGCUUGCUGCACCACCAUUCUGGUUGUCCUAUAUUUAAUGUGCGAAAGAACUUAAAUUGUGUGUUAAUUUUUCAUUCCAUCCAUAUUUAGUUUCAAAACCAAUUAACAACUCUCACCUUAAGUUUCAUCUUUCACCGUGUUAUUCAGCUCAUUGAUGGACAUUUUUAGACUUAAACAACAUCACUUAUAUGGGGAGCAUCUGUUUACUAUUACUAAAUGUUCCAUGACCUUUCGAGCAUGCUUCUAUUUAUUGGAUGGGGUGAGAUGUGUUUCACUGUUAUCCUGGCUAUAUAAUCAAACCUCGCUACUGAGUAAAUAGGGUAUUAAAUUUUCUUCCUUUCAACCAACUCAAAUUCGAGCCAUUGUUCGGUAUUUUUGUAUAUCUUUAAUUUUGUAGCAGAUUGUAUGUAAUAAUGACGUGAUAUUGGCAAGAGCCACAUCCCAUAGUUUGAGUUAGUAUUGCCUCAGCAACGACCAUUCUUCCUGCAAUUGAGGAAAGAAGUUUGGCUACUGGAUUUGAAGCACAAGGAUGUUACAUACCUCUUUUUAAGUCAAUUAAAAUUGUGUGUUUACAUUAUAUAA